AUUUACAUUUGUUGGUUUAGACCAGGGAUCAUCAACUAAGUUCAGCCUCGGGUUGAUAUAUUUAUUUCUCAUUAACCAGUUGGUCGGCAGACCCGGAACAUGAGUACAAAUCAUUUGUAGACUGCAAAUUGACGGCAAGAAUCCAAAACGGAUCAUUUGAAACUUUGCUUAAAGUUGUAUCCGAUCACGUCUCUCUCUAUUAUACUUGAGAACAGAUUUGACUAAAUUUACAUCCUGGUGUUUUUACACCCUUUUUAUCUCCAACAAUGAAAAAGAAAAAAGAAAAAAGAAAGAAAAAUUCAACUUUUUUUAUUUUUUCUCAGAAAAGUUGUGGGGCCAAAUAAAUCCACCGCGGGCCGCCAACUGGCUGCCAACCCUGGUUUUGACUGUGCUUCAUCUUUUAGUUUAUACCACACACAAGUACAAGCUACCUUUUUUUUAAAGUACUUGAUAUUUGAUAAUGCCAACAUCUGAAAUGUAAAUGUCAACUCAUGUUGGUUUUGGUUAUAGACAUAAAAAACCAACUGACUGGAGUUUCCUUUGUAUUUUUUGAAUUUUGUUUUUAUUGAAAGCUGUUUAAUGUUCUGUCAGCCUACGUGGACCUGAAGAAGGGCUCUCUGUUCAUGUUACAACCUGAUGUUAUGUGUUUUAAAGAUGUUAUAUGGUAAUAUGUGGUUUGUUCUCUCAGCCUACCUGGACCUGAAGAAGGGCUAUCUGUUCAUGUUACAACCUGAUGUUAUAUGGUAAUAUGUGGUUUGUUCUCUCAGCCUACCUGGACCUGAAGAAGGGCUCUCUGUUCAUGUUACAACCUGAUGUUAUAUGCCUACCUGGGCCUGAAGAAGGGCUAUCUGUUCAUGUACAACCUGGUCCAGUUCCUGGGUUUCUCCUGGAUCUUUGUCAACAUGACCGUCCGUCUCUUCAUCCUGGGACAAGACUCGUUCUAUGACACGUUCCACACCAUUGCUGACAUGAUGUACUUCUGUCAGAUGAUGGCCGUAGCAGAGGUCAUGAACCCUCUAGUGGGCGUGGUCAAGACAGGGGUGUUCCCUGCUAUGAUCCAGGUGGUGGGUAGGAACGUAAUCCUGUUUGUGAUCUUCGGUAGUCUGGAGGAGAUGCAGAACAAAGCAGUGGUCUUCUUCGUCUUCUACCUCUGGAGCACCAUAGAGAUCUUCAGGUAUCCAUUCUACAUGCUGGCCUGCAUCGACACAGACUGGAAGCUGCUGACCUGGCUCAGAUACUCCAUCUGGAUGCCCCUCUACCCUCUGGGGGUGCUAGCAGAGGCUAUAGCUGUGAUCCAGUCCCUGCCUAUCUUCGAUGAGACCCGUCUGUACAGCAUCCCUCUACCUACGGUCCUGGGCUCGUCCUUCAGCUUUUCCUUCACUCUGAAGAUCUACCUGGCCCUCAUGUUCCUCGGUCUGUUCAUCAACUUCCGCCACCUGUUUAACGGCAGAGGAGGAGAACUCACUCCAGGAAGAGGAAAAUGA